GACGACAUAUUGCUGUUGUCGGCAAAGGCUGUCCACCCCUCGUUGGGUCAAAGCGCUUAUGUACUGUCCGUUCCAGGGGGCGACUUUCGUUUGGAACACUCCUCCUGCUUUACCCGAGACUCGGUUGAUUUUACAUUUUCCUGGAGUAGGUCACCUUAUAUCCAGACUCCCCGUUGGUUAUUUAUUCGUGCCACGACUCGGGUUCAGGUUACAUAGUAAAGCGUGCCUGAUCCGCUUAGGUACGACAUGCCUAUCUAGGUACUGUCGAAAUCAGGAGUACUCUAGAUGGAGAAUGAUCGGGAAUUAUUAAGCUGAAGUGCGAUUGAGGAAAUAUGGCGUUCAGCGUUUUGAGGUUCCAAUCCAAUAGAUUGUGUUUUAAGGUGAAGCGUUACAGUUCGAAGACUCCCAUCGAGGAAGCUGGAGAUCAAUAUAUACCAGUGAGUUCAGA